AUGUUUCUGCAACGUCCAUGGGCAUGGCUGCAGAACGAAAUCACCACUAGAGCCCGCAAUUUCAUCCUUAAAGUCCUCGCGGCUGGCCCGAUACCCCGACAUGUCGCGUUUGUCAUGGAUGGGAACCGAAGAUAUGCUAGGAUGCACCACAAAGCCGUCCAGCAAGGCCAUAGCGAUGGGUUCGUGGCAUUGCGACGCAUGCUGGAAGCAUGCUUGCGACUGAAUGUUCGCUGCGUUUCCGCGUACGCUUUCUCGAUCGAGAACUUCAAACGGUCUGAGGAAGAGGUGAAUGCGUUGAUGGCUAUGGCCGAAGAAAAGCUGGUUGAGCUAUGCGGACACGGCGAUUUGUUGGAUGAAUACGGUGUUCGACUGAAUGUUAUCGGAAAACAAGAGCUACUUCCCGCUUCAGUACAAGCGGCUGUAGCGAAAGCCGAAGGCAUGACGGCCCAUAACACACGCGCUAUUUUUAAUCUGUGCAUGCCUUACACCUCCCGCGACGAAAUUACCACUGCAGUCCAGAAGUGCGUCCGGGAGUCGAAGGAUUGCUGCAUCUCGGAAAAGGACAUUGACGCCGCACUCAUGACCUCGUUAGGCGGCAGUCCGCCUCUGGAUAUCCUCGUCCGGACCAGUGGGGUGAAACGCCUCAGUGACUUCCUGCUCUGGCAGUGUUGUGAAGAUACCCAGCUUCAGUUUUCAUCAACAUACUGGCCUGAUUUUGGCCUCUUCGACUUUAUACCCAUCAUUCUAGACUAUCAACGUAAGGUUUGGAGCAAAAGCAGGUAA